AUGGCUCACCGAUGCAUGGUGGGUGCUCCUAUAUAUAGAGGGAAGCUCCCUGAUGGAACCUUUGUUGCUAUAAGAAGCUUGAAAAUGAGAAAGAGGCAGAGUCCACAGGUCUACACACACCUCCUUGAGCAGAUUUCAAAAUUGAGACAUAGCCAUUUGGUUAGCGCUCUUGGACAUUGCUUGGAGUGCCAUCCAGAUGAUUCAGGCGUCAGUAGAAUAUUUCUUAUAUUUGAGUUUGUUCCAAAUGGAACUCUGAGAGGCUGCAUCUCUGAAGGACCUCCAGGACGGAAGCUUACCUGGCCGCAGAGAAUAAUAGCUGCAAUUGGAGUUGCAAAGGGUAUUCAGUUUCUGCAUACCGGGAUUGUUCCUGGUGUUAAAUCAAAUAAUCUGAGGAUAAAAAAUGUCUUAUUGGAUCACGAUCUUCAUGUAAAAAUAAGCAGCUAUAACCUACCUCUUUUGGCUGAAAGCAGGGGAACGGUAAGACAUAAAAAAUAUAUAUCUGAUCAUCAGUAG